UACAGCCAUCUUCGUGCAGACCGACGAACUGAGUUUCUUCUUCAUCCUCACCGAGAAAUCUGUGUGGCGUUUUGCCGGAGAACUUGUUUCUAUCUUACUCAGAAGGUAAUUUCAGUAUUAGACAUGGAUAGCGAAACCUAUGUGAAAGAGAAUCGAAGGAGCUACGACAGGCUAAGCAAUCUACCUGAUUCCUUGCUAUGCAAGAUACUCUCUGACUUCUCCACCAAGGAAUCGGUUCGCACCAGCGUUUUAUCAAAACGUUGGAGAAAUCUCUGGUUGAAUGUUCCAGUACUGGACCUAGAUACCAGAACAUUCUCAGAUGAUGAUGUCUUUGUGAGUAUCAUGGAUAGGCUUUGUUCUGAAAAUCAGCAACGCUUGGAGAGAUUCAAACUGAUAUAUCAGUUAUACGAGCAUGAUGAAUCUCGUUUCGAGUCUUGGAUCGAUGCUGUGACUGGGCGUAGGAUUCUUCAUCUCAAUGUUUAUAAUGAGUUUGACGAUGAUGAUACGUUAGUUAAGAUGCCUCCAUCUCUCUAUUCAUGUGAGAGAUUGGUCAACUUGAGUCUCCGCUGCGUGUACUUGGAUCAUCCUGAAUCUGUAACGUUGCCUUGUGUAAAGAUUAUGCAUCUAGAGAAGGUUAUAUACGCUUGUGAUUCGACUCUAGAGACUUUAAUAUCAACCUGUCCAGUUCUUGAAGAGUUAACCAUAGUCAGUGACUACAAUGAUUCUCUGGAAGCUGUGCGUGUGCGUUCCCAGUCACUAAAGAGCUUCAAUAUAGAUUGUGAGCGUGACGAAAGUGAAGGUCAUGUUGUUGCAAUUGAUGCUCCAAGACUUGAGUGUAUGACUCUCAAUGAUCACAGGUCUGAUAGCUUCAUAAUACACGGUAUUGGUCCCUCUGCAAAGGUAAACAUUGAUGUUAGCUUUAAUGGGGAAGAUGAUGAGCCACUGGAACCAGAUGACUCUUCCAAGAUUAUUAUGCUCAGUAAAUUUCUAACCGGGUUAUCUACCGUCAGCCACAUGACCAUCUCUGCUGACACUCUAAAUGUUAUUCAUGAUUACUGUGAAAUGGAACAGCUACCUAAGUUCUCCAACUUGUCUUACUUGGAAGCUUGCUUCCAGGACACUAAGUGGGAGAUGCUACCAGCCCUCCUUGAGAGUUGCCCAAAUCUACACUCCGUCAUCUUGGAAUUUGAUUGUCUUACAAAGACCGAGCAGGUUGAUCUUUCAUUAGUGCCACAAUGUUUCAAAUCAUCUCUUGAGUUUGUUCAGCUGAAGACAAUUGAUGGUGUAGACACAAGAAAGAAUGAGACACCACUCGGGGGAACACCAAGUAAGAUGAAAUUAGCAAAAUACUUCCUAGAAAAUGGUGCAGCUCUCAAGAAACUGACUCUAAGGGAGAGUUUCUGUACCUUCAUCAACCAAAUCAAAUCUAUUCCUAGACUCUCUAAGGGGUGUGAAGUUGUCAUGGAUUAGUUGAGCCAGCUUUGUUUUCUUACUAUAUUGCUCUCGUUGUGCUUUGUUAAAAUUCACUUUUUCUUUCUUUCGUGGUAUACAUUGUUUAUUUUUAGUUUUUCAAGUUGGAGGAAGAUAUUAUUGAGUUGUCUCAACACAAACCAUUUUUAUUCGCGAUGAAAGUGACG